ACUCGCUAAGACACUCUUCUACUCACAUCCACACCGUUUGUCAGGGUUGCUUGCUCUAAACUUGCUCAACUACUCUGGGUGGAUAUACAAUCAAAACUCUGUUUUUUAAGAAGAAAUCUCCUCUAACCUUUUGACUGAAUCAUGCUUCUUGCUCUGUAGGUAAGGGACGCUUUAUAGUGUUUAAAGGUUCCCACAGGGAUAAAACAAAAGAGCUCCCGGUCUACUCGACCCAGACCCCAUCUUCAACAGGGGAGCAGAUGUGACUGAGGAGGAGAGGGGGUGAAAGAAACCCAAUCUCCCCCACCCCGUCCCACACUCAAGAACAAUACCCUGCCUUCAGCUGGAAAGGGUCAGCUUUUGUCCUUCUCCCCGGGCUACAGCUCAGUUGAAGAGCAGACAGACGCGCUGACAGGUUGCAGCGAAGAGGAGACGACGAGGCAAAACAGCCUGCUGCACUAUAGUUGCUUCGAUUCAGUACUUGGACAGUUCCUGAUCAACAACUAGAGAGAGUGUGUGCAUGACUUUAGAAGCUUGUGGAGUGAAGGAUCUGUUUUGUGAGGGAUAAAAUAUUACAUCUCAUUUUCAGAUUUAAACAACAACAACAAAAAAUACUGAGAUGCAGCCACCUUUUUCAUUCAAGCUUGACCUUAAUGGUCCUUCUCGAUCCCUGGGAACAGAAGAAAACACCUCCACCACCAGCAGCAGUUUGCUGCAUCUGGGAGAGAAGCAGCUCUUUGAGAAGUUUUGGAAGGGGACUUUCAAGGCUGUGGCCACCCCAAGACCAGAGAGUGUUAUCGUGGCAAGCAUUACCUCCAGUCGGAGGGUGAUGAGCUCAGAACCAACAGCAUCUUGCCUGCUUCAGGCAGAUGAUCGGAAAGCUGCUGACACACAGGCGGACAUUGCAGACAGGAACGGCUGCAUCAAAGGAAGCAGACGUAAACGCCACGGCCACCGCAGGGCCAGAGUCAAAGUAUUAGAAGAGAUUGCUACAGUGAAAUGGAGCCGCUUUGAUCUCAAUCCCAGUUCUGUCCAUAAACGGAGAGAAGGAGACGACCUACGGGAACAAAAUCAGCAGUUCAGAGGACGAACAUCAAUGAGACCUGAUGCUCUAGACUCUCAGAACUUCAGCCUGACUCUGAAAGAACCUCAACUUUCUGACAGCGGCGUCUACAUCUGCAGCAUCAUUGAUAAGAAAGAAGAACUGCUGUCAGAUGUUCAGCUGGAUGUCAGAG